UGGAAGAUGAUUGAAAGUGAAAGCCUAAACCAAGAAGAAAUAAUUAAAGAGCUGUGUUUGUGCAAUGGUUUAUCUUAUGAGAUGGUUGGAAAAGAAGGAUCAGAUACUUCAAAACUGGAGAUGUUUUUCUCAGGGUAUCCCCGUAUAGUUGGAUUAUCAUUAUUUCCUGAUUUAACAAGUCUUACAAUUGUUGCCCAAGAUAUAAAAGAAAUCUCAGGAUUAGAGACUUGUUUUCAUCUUAAAGAACUUUGGAUUGCUGAGUGCUACAUAGAGAAAAUUGGAGGUCUUCAAAAAUGUAGCAAAUUGGAAAAAUUGUAUUUAUAUUAUAAUAAAAUUUCCAAAAUAGAAAAUUUAGAAAAAUUAAUCAGAUUGGAAGUUCUUUGGCUGAACCACAAUACAAUUAAAAAUAUUGAAGGCUUACAAACUUUGAAGAAUUUAAAUGAUCUUAACCUUGCCGGGAAUCUAAUAAGCAGAAUAGGCAAAUGUCUUGACCCCAAUGACCACCUGGAAAGAUUAAACCUCUCUGGCAACCAAAUAUGUUAUUUCAAGGAUCUUACUAACUUAGCCAGGCUGCCUUGCUUAAAGGAUUUAUGUCUGAAUGAUCCUCAGUAUAAAACCAACCCAGUCUGUCUGCUGUAUAAUUAUUCCACACACGUGUUGUUUCACUUGCCUUUCCUUCAGAGACUUGACACCCUUGAUGUAUCAGCGAAGCAGAUCAAGGACCUGGCAGAUACCACAGCAAUGAAAAAAGUAAUGUAUUAUAAUAUGCGCAUAAAAACUAUUCAGAGGCGUCUUAAUGAAGAUCUUGAGAAACUAAAUGAUAGAAAAUGUAAACUGCAAAAGUUGCCAGAAGAACGGAUAAAGUUAUUCAGCUUUGUGGAAAAAAAUUUGGAACGGGAACUAGCCGAACUCAAGGGAUCUUCCAAAGUGCACAGUGAUAGAUCCAUUAAUAAGUUAAAUGAGCUUGAGAAAUCAAAGAAUUGUGAAACUAUCACAGAAGAACCAAGUCUUCAACAGAAGAUACUGACCAAACUGAAUGCCUUGAGUGGAAGGCUCACAUUCUGGAACAAAAAAAUUGAUGAAAUUGAAGCAAUUUACCGUGUUGAAGUAAAGCAAAAGAAAAAAAGCCACGGCUUAUUGAUCCCAUUUUUGUUAACUGAGUUGGAGACUGUGGGAAAUAUCCAUUUUGAAGAAGGCUCUCGAUCUGAUGACUGGUUUACUUCCUGUUACGAGUUAAUUCGGUCACGUUUUUGCUCCCGGGACUUCAGGACAUAUGGUAUUACAGGACUGAAAGUGAAACGCGUCAUUAAAGUUAACAACCGUAUUCUGAGACUGAAAUUUGAAGAGAAAUUUCGGAAGUUUUUGGACAGUGAAGAGAUGCAUGGUUCAGAGAGCUAUCGAAAGAUGAUGGAAUGCCUUUUUUAUAUGUUUGAUCCUGAAGUUACAGUGAAGAAAAAGCGGCUGCUGCAGAUACUUGAAAAAGGAUUCAGAGAGAGUGAAACAAGCAAGCUGCCCCUCAGAAAAGAAGCCGUUAUUCUUUCUAACAGCUUAAGUAUGUGUGAGGGUCCCAGAAUUGAUUUUCUAAAGCAAAAGUACCAGGAUAAGAAGCAAAACGCUCCUGAGAAUGAGCUCUUCAGACACGGCAUCCUCCUCCUUACUAAGGUUUUUCUCGGCCACAGUGUUCAGGCUCCUGAACAAGAAUCCAUCAGUCAAGCCAACUUUCCAAUGGCUAAUUCAGUGUUUAUUCCUCAAAAAAAUUUCCUAAAUUCUAUCAUAGAACCCAGGAGCUGUGACUGUGGCUUUCGGCAGUGCAAGUGGUUUGUCUUUGAUCCUGACCUUGUUCUGCCAGAGUACGUCGUUGAAUUUGAAUACCUUACAGUGGUCAAGCCUCACUCUUUAUUUUCUUCAUUCAACAAUGUUAUUCUAGAAGAAAGCAAAAAAAUUUCAGAAGGAUCAGUGUUGUCCCAGGAUUUGAAAUUUGAUGAGGAAGUUAUGAAAAUGGAGCCCAGGAUCAAACCGCGACCAAAGCUCAUUAGUUUGGAUAGCAAAACAAUAUUUUCCCUUGCCAAGACUAACAUUUAUGGUCAUAUUGUGAAUCUGAAUCUACAUGGAAACAGCUUGACUAAAUUGAGAGAUCUCUCCAAGUUAACAGGACUCCGAAGACUGAAUAUCAGCUUUAAUGAAUUUACUUGUUUAGAUGACAUAUACCACUUGUAUAACCUGGAGUAUCUGGAUGCAAGCCAUAACCAUGUGAUAACUCUUGAGGGCUUUAGAGGUCUGAUGAAACUGAAGCACUUAGACUUGAGCUGGAAUCAACUGAAGAAAUCUGGGGAUGAAAUAAAUCUGUUAUGCAAACACACCGCAGGCCUUCUCACGCUUAACAUCCAGCAUAACCCAUGGCAAAAGCGAAACACAUUGCGGCUGAGUGUUAUUGGCAGGUUAAAGACUCUUACGCAUUUGGAUGGAGUCCUCGUUACUCAAGAAGAAGCAAGAGCUGCUGUGAAAUUUAUUGCCAAAACAAAGAUAACUCAGCUGUCUGUUUUACGACAUUGUAGUACUAAAGAGGAAAGACCACGAGUACUUACCAUAUGGCCUUCUGCAAAGAUUCUGACACAGAUCUCAAAGGUGGGACCACAUGUACAUCUGAGUGGAAACUGGUACUUGAAGAUAACUGCCUUAAAUUUAGAUGGACAGCAUCUCUUUGAAAUCACAAAUUUAGAAAAAUUAGAGAAUUUGAAGUGGGCAUCGUUCAGCGACAAUAAUCUCACUAAAAUGGAGGGAUUGGAAUCCUGCAUUAACUUGGAAGAGCUCAUAUUAGAUGGGAACUGCAUCUCAAAGAUAGAGGGCAUUUCCAAGCUGACUAAAUUAACCCGUCUCAGCAUAAACAAUAAUCUCCUGACUGGUUUGGAGAAGCAUGCUUUCGAUAACAUGCUCCAUCUUCACUCUCUCUCUCUUGAGAACAACAGAAUCACAUCGUUGAGUGGCUUACAAAAAAUGUUUACUCUGAUUGAAUUGUAUAUCAGCAAUAAUUACAUUGCUCUCAAUCAGGAAAUCUACAAUUUAAAGGGUUUAUACAACUUGGUCAUUCUAGACAUCUAUGGAAACAUUAUUGUUUGGAAUCAAGAAAACUACCGGUUGUUUGUAGUAUUUCACCUUCCGGAACUGAAAGCCUUGGAUGGAAUCUCCAUUGAUCAGCUAGAGACUGAGUGUGCAAAGGAUCUGUUUGGUGGCAGACUCACUUCUGACAUGAUUGCAGAACGACAAGGACAUUCAAACUUCAUCCAGAUGCAAGAAUUAAAUUGGACUUCAUCAUCUAUCAGGACUGUGGAUCUGAUUCCAGUGGACCAGUUUAGAAGUGUGUGCAGCGUGAAUCUGCAGAACAAUAACCUGACCUCCUUCAGCGGGUUAGUCUACCUGCCCAGUGUGAAGGUUUUAUGCCUCAACUAUAACCAUAUUGAGUCAAUCAUGCCCCGAGUAAAGCCUCAGACUCACUUAAGCAACAGACAGUUGCUCUACCAGAAAGUGGCCUCGAGUGGCUAUGGACAACAUGGAACUUCAAAAAUGAACAGAGACACAAUAGGCGGCGAACAUUUGCCUCCCAUGAUGCACAGUCUAGAAGUUCUUCAUUUGGGUUACAAUGGAAUUUGUAACUUAAUCCAACUACAAGUUAACAGACUAAGAAAUUUAAAAUACCUCUUUCUACAGGGAAAUGAGAUCAGUCAAGUUGAAGGGCUUGACCAUUUGGCAGUGCUGCAGGAGUUGGUGGUGGACCACAACCGCAUCAGGUCCUUCAACGACAGCGCUUUUGCCAAGCCAAGUUCUCUGCUGGCUCUCCACCUGGAGGAAAACAGACUGCGGGAGCUGAACAAAUUACAACAUUUGGUAAAACUAGAGAAACUCUACCUAGGAUAUAAUAAAAUACAGGAUAUCACAGAACUGGAAAAACUUGAAGUUAUCUCUUCUCUCAAAGAGCUUACAAUUUAUGGCAAUCCAAUUUGUAGAAAAAUGCUCCACCGUCACGUGCUCAUAUUCCGGCUGCCUAACUUACAGAAGUUGGAUGGGACUCCUGUGAAUUCAGACGACCGGACAAAAGCUGAGUUACAAGUUUCUGAACUACAAGCAAAGAAAAAUGUGCUUAUUCCUGCCAGCAACUCUCCUGUGGACGGUUCACCGUUUGCCCAUCUGAAAGCUCCUCCCAUAAAGAUAACAAACAUGAUUCUGCCUGGUGGAUUUAGCCAUUACUUGGGCCCUGACUUCACUUUAACUCCUGAAAUUGAAGACAAAAAAAGCAAGAAUACAGGGAUUUUGACCAGUAAUCCUCGGAGCAUCCAUGCCGAAAUAGCUUUCCGGCAACUCAGAGGGAUAAACAUCUCCCCGUCCCUUUUGUCACAUCAGAGUAUUGCACCUCCAGCUACACAGAUAUUCCAGACCAGCCAUGAGGAGGGAAGAAUUCCUGGGAGCAACUUUUCAAGAUCAAAUCAACUGUAA